AUGAAUGUUUAUAGUGAUAAUAUAUCUAAAACUGAAUCAGAGAAUUGCAAUAACUAUGGUUCUGAUUAUGAAUCAGAUAAUGAAACAAAUACUAUUGAGUCUCCAAUAUCUCAACCUCUUAAAGUAGAAGAACUAAUAUCUAAUAUGACAUAUUUCACAAAGCAAGAAAGAUUCAAUAAUAAAUUUACACAAAAAGAUUUGCUAAAUAAAAUUUAUGAAAUUGCUUCCUCACCUGCCAGAGAUAUAUCAAAUAAUAAAGGUUUAUUGGAGGAUAUACAUCUGUGUGAUUAUCUCUUACCUAAUUAUAGAGUAAAAGAAGGAAUCAGUCUACUUGAUGCAUAUAAAAGAGAGGAGUUAGCAGAUAAAUUAGUUAUCUAG